GCCAUUUUUAAAUUCGUAAUUUUUGUAUUUCAAACGUCUUUCGAUCCGGUUGCCUUUGUUGAAGUUACUGGUGAAAUAUAAACUCAUAAAACCAACUAGAAAGACGUCGUUAACCUAUAAAGUAGUUUCGAUAGCACGAAAUCGUAAAAUCUAUUUCCAUUUUCAAUUAAGAAAGAAGUUUGUGGCUAUCGUCUGAAUCCGUUAUUUUGUACUUUUCAAUGUCGAAUCCAAAACAUUCCAGGGUCAACGUCGGUGACGAAGACCAUCAGGAUCUAGAUUUCUUGUCGACUGAAUUUGAGGAAGAAGCAGAAGAAGAUAUGAACGGCUACAAUGUUUCCAAACAACAUCGCCAAAUUUAUGAAAACGCAAUGCACGUCCUAGCACGAUCAGAACAUUGGAAUAAUCCAAAUUAUUCGCGACGAACGGCUUCCACUUCCAUCGUUUCUUCGUCAUCUGAUGAGCCGACUAUUGAUCUCAACAACGUCAACACUCAAUACAAAUUCAAUCCGUCGGAAAUAACUGGCAGAUCAACAGCGACAAAUGAUGCGAGCAUGUCUGUCGAGCAGAUCCUAUGUGAAAGUCAAUGUUCUGACGUACGGGCGAUGGCAGACGAGUUAAGAAGGUUUAAAAUUCGUGAGAGUCAAGGCGGUGAACAGCUAGCAUACACAGCUGAUGUUAGCUUGGCGUCGUCCAAAAGCUUCCGAUCUUCAAUGUCAAAACCAGAUGAUUGGGACUUGCACAACCAAAAUAGUAGUGGCAGUGGUAGUGAUAUAUUCAUACCAUCUGACCGUGUGAAAGCCUUCCUAGAAAGCGAAGAACAUGUGUGGGCUCAGGAAUAUGCAACUCUCCCACCAGAAUCGGAUGUUCCAACUGCGGGAAAUUCGAAGAAAGCACCAUUUGAAUUGACGGACUUUUCCAGAUCCCGUUUGGCAAGCGAGUCAGGAAAUGAGUCGAAUGCUUCGUUCGGGCAAUUCUUCAUAAAACGAUCGGAAAAUUUAUUGGAAAUGCUGCCGAACAUAAGUCCAACGAGAACUGGAAUGCCAAUGGCUCUCAUUGAUUCGGUGAACACAACUCAAGACACCAAUGUUGGCAACACGCAAAUCAUCUCUUCACCGUCAAAAAACCGCAUGUCUGCAAGGGACGGUGAAUCAUUCAUAGACCAGGCAGCUAUUCAAUCUUUCUUUCAAAAAUGCAACGAAUUCUCACCGGCAACUGUAACCAACAAUUUAAUGAAACUGAAGAAACCGAGAGGCACACCAGCCACGAUCACAUUGUCAACUACAAUGCCAAUGGAAUCACUGCCACUCAAGCCACUUCAAACAAAGCCUAAUGUGAAUGUGUUGAAGGUUGAAAGGUUCAGCGGAAAUGUAGCAGCGCUAAGAAACCAUUUGUCUAACAUACCGAUUCCCGUCCAAAGUGCAUUAUUGACACCGGGUGGUCACAUUAGAAGAAAAGAUUUCAACAAAGAGAACGAGAACAGCCUUCGUCACGACGAAAUCAAUUUCGAUAAACAUUUAUUGUCGGACACAUUGAGCAUGUCAGGAAUUCUGAGUUCUAGUAAAGUGCAGGGAAACUCGACGAAAACUAGUCUCGAGGAAGAAGGUGCCAAUUCCGUUCCAGUUGUAUUGAAUGAUGUUGUCAACCAGACAAUCGACGCGAAAAACAAUGACACACACAAUACAACCGCUGAUGUUACACCAACCAACUCACCACUAAGAAAUCGCAAGCGAAGUCGAAGUAAUGAAAGAGCAAUGCUAGCCAAUGCUACGCCUCCGCGCACCCUAAAUGCUUUAGACGUUUAUUACAACAGCAAACAUCGGCUGACUCCGUCACCCCGGACUCAAUCGAACAGCUCAACACCCGAUACUCCAAGGUCCAGAGCGAACUUGAACGUUUUAUUUAGUCGCACUCAGGAGACACCAUCGCCGAACAGAAGUGGAAACUCGACUCCAGUUGGAAAUUCACAGCAUUCCAACGGGCUAUACUCAACUCAUUCGACCAAUUUUUUGGGUCCAUCCGUUUCCAACAUGAGAAAUCUUGACCAUCACUUGCGGUCGCCGAAACUGUUAGCCCAAUCGAAUUCUCAAUUCAGCAGCGUCAGUGAUCUACGGGAAUUUGCAAUUAAAUCGUCGCAAAGCGUAAUUUCGUGGCCGAGCCAAAAGUUACGCACACCAUCCGUGAAACAGUUUACGAUCAAAAACAUCGGUGGCAAGAAAUUAACGAUGAAGAUCGAGGUGGUUGGUCCGGGCUUCCAGCUAAGCCCAUCGGAACCGUUCCAAUUGAUUGCACUCCAAGCACAGGAAUGUCGUACGAUAUCUGUUACAUUUUGUCCAAUCGCUCUCGGAGCUGCGGUCGGAAAGCUGAAUUUUUGUCACGCAAAGGAUACGGCUGACAAAACCGUUCGGAAAAUAAUUCCGCUUUACGGCUAUGGUGGACACACUGUGGUCGAAGUUCAAGACGUAUGUCAAGGCGUUGUUGGCAACCCAUUUUUACAGUUGGGUACUGUCGGAGAUUUACUAAACCUACAGAUGCAUGGCGCAUUUUCCAUUUAUAAUAAAGGACCGCUUAGUGGAGUAGCGAUUAUUCGGGUAAAAUCCGAUUUGAAGAAGCCCAGUGGAUCAUCACAUUAUGCAGCUCUGACACUAACUCCAGCCAAAUGCGUCAUUGGUCCUGAUUCGUACAUCCGUAUCGAUAUUGCGUAUCGUCCGCGAAAAAACGACGUUCGAAAAUUGCUGCGACAGGAGGGUAAUGUCUUGGCUGUUGCCACUCUGGAAGUUUUUAUGGCAGAUGAGCCGUCACGUCAACGCAUCUUGGGUCUGAUCAAUAAAUUUGCCAACAAUUCGUCGGACAUCUACCUGUUGGACGAACUAUUUAGAGGCAUCACCACGGAUGUUGUUGAGAAUUUCGCAGAAUUUCAAGAAACCGAGGAUAUGAUAGCUGAGCUCUUCAAUAAAAUGAAAACAACGGAAAUCGUUCUGACUGUAAAACGCAGCACAAUGGAUCAAACUAUCGAAUCGGAACAUGACUUCUUUAUGUCCGAUACCAACGAGUCCAUGUUUUUCCACACUCUGGUUUCGGAUGACGCACUAGCUGGACCAUCAAUUCCAGCUACUAUCACCUCAGUGAAGACCGUAGCCUCGUCGCUUAUCCCGUCGUCAUCGAGCACUUUACAUCAUCCCGUGCAGCGAUCGGAACGGAAUCAGACAUACAACUGGUACCUCAACAAGACGGAGAUUCGAAUUAAUCUGAACAAUUUUAACGAUGCGAGAAGUCAAAUCGAAAUUGUCAGCAAGUCUCGAAGUCAGCAAAUGUUCGAAAUUGAUUCCAACUGUCCGCACGUGUUCACAAUAGAACCGGACUGCGGUGUGAUAAGUCCAGGAUCAACAGCAACGGUCACUGUUUCUCUGAAGAAUGCGAAUUUGAAUAGUGAUGGAAUGUUCAUCCGAAUUCGUGUCGACAAGAAACAGGAUGCUAUUGUUCCGGUGAUCCUCGACAGGUAACCGGUUGGUUUGUGAUUGAUUCCGCGAUGUGUGUCUUUGAUUAAUAUUUUCAUUUUUAUUUUUUUAUUUUGGCCAAGGGCACUUAAAUUGACAAACGUUUUUUUGAACUGUUUUUGUAGCUUAAAAAGAAUAAUAAAAAAAAUGUUCACGAUAUAGC